AUGUCAACUUUCUCCGUGCUUACGACAUUUUUCGUUACGGUACUUGGAGAUAGUCUAGUACUGUAUUAUCCUGUUUACCCAAACUUUGUAGUACCUAAACACCUACAAAACUUCGAGAGAAAUGCUCCUCCCAGAAUUUUUCCCAGAGAUCCUGAUAUACCCUCUUCUGGUAUUGUAUUUCUCAGAAAAGAUCUUCCUGCAAAGUUUAAAAUCAAUAAAGAUAGGACAUCCAACACUAAUUCUGAAAAAGAAACCAAUACGAUUAAGAAUGAUACUUUCCUAACAAAUAAGAAAGAUACUGAUGAAGCGAAAUUCAGCAUCAGUCAACAGAUGAGCAGUACAGAAGGAUCACUUCAAGAGAAUACUUUGGUAUCAAAUGAUGUAACAAGUGAAAUCGAUUACACUGAAUAUGACGCCAGUGAAGGCUCAUCGAAAAGAGCAACGCAGUCAAGUACGACUAAUAAUAUCAUCGGUUCAGUGAAGAUACAGGUAUUCGAGAGCGAGCCAGAAUAUUUAUUUGCACAACUCUCUACAAUAAAAUAA